ACUUGAUACUACUGGCGCAAAGUUCCUCCUCUUGGUACCGAAAGAAACGGACACGAAACGUCUUAUUAUUCUGUCAUUGAACGGCUGCCGACGACAGUCAAAGCACCCGAAAUGUCUCCCGAUUUCUGCGCUGAAUCAUCUCUGAAGAAGCGGAGCUCGUAUGAAAACACAGACUGAAAACAUCAACAGUAGUUAGCUGGCGCAAUUCAUUUAGCUCUAGCUUAGUUUGGAAUCUCUCUUGUUAGCUUUAGUCGUGUUUUAUGCGAGCGAAGACACCAAAACAAUGGCGUUCUUCGUGAAAAAGAAGAAAUUCAAGUUCCAGACCCAUCUGACGCUGGAGGAGCUGACCGCUGUGCCUUUUGUCAACGGAGUGUUGUUCUGCAAGAUGAGGCUGCUGGAUGGAGAUUUUGUCGCUACUUCUUCCAGACAGGAGGUUCGAGAGAACUGCGUUCGCUGGAGGAAGAGGUUCACCUUUGUGUCUAAAAUGAGCGCCAAUCCCCACACCGGCGUCCUGGAUCCUUCAGUCUGCAGGGUGUCCGUUAGGAAGGAACUCAAAGGAGGAAAAACAUAUACGAAGCUGGGCUUCACAGACCUCAACAUGGCGGAGUUUGCGGGUUCUGGCUCCACUGUGCGCUGCUGUCUGCUGGAGGGAUACGACACCAAGAACACACGGCAGGACAACUCAAUACUGAAGGUGAUCAUUGGAAUGACCCUGCUGUCUGGCGAUCCGUGUUUUAAAACGCCUCCCAGCACAGCAAAGUCCAUCUCCAUCCCAGGACAAGAACACACCCUGCAGCUGGACUGUAAGGGGGAGGGAACAGCCGAGCCAGGGCCAGCUGGAGGGGUUUCCCUGGGACGAGCCAGCAAGCCGCGACCCUCCAUCAUCAGCUCAGGUCUCCUUGAAGAAUCCGAAGCGAACCACUCCAGUACUGCAGAAGUCUUCCAGUCUGGUCACUCUCGUAACUCCAGCUAUGCCAGCCAGCACAGCAAAAUCUCUGGCUACAGCACUGAGCACUCCUGCUCCUCCAGCCUGUCAGACCUCACACACCGCAGGAACACCUCGACAGGAAGCAGCGCCUCUGGGGGCUUGGGCUUCACUGCUGACACACCUACAGAGGGCGACAAGGACGCCGGACGUCCAGAAAGACCCCCUCGACCCCCGCGGCCCAUCUUACCCCCUAACAGGCCCCCCAGGCGGAAGCAGGACUCGGUGGUGAGUCAGCCCUCUUGGGUAAACGACACUCGCAUGGAUGCAGACGACAUUGUGGAGAAAAUUGUCCAAAGCCAAAACUUUGCCGAUAUCAACAACACUGAAGACAGCAAUCUGCGUCUGUUCGUCAACAGAGAUGGAACCACUGCGCUCAGCGGCAUCAGGCUUGGAAACAGGGUGUCUGCAGGCGGGUACGAGCCCGUGGUGAUAGAGAGCCAUUAAAGCGAGCAGCAGGAGUGGGGGACAUGUUGGCCCGUGGAUCGUCUCGUCUUCUGUCUUGCUGGUUUCCCCGGAGCUUCGGCCGGUCUGAAGCUGUGAAGGGAAAAACCUCGUCAGUUUGCACUUUAUGUGAAGUUUGCGGCGGCACUUGUCUGCCCUCCCUUCAGCUGUUUGUCUGUGAUGUUGAGGGCCACAACUCAGAGUGAAAUGCACAAAACGUUUCUUUGAUACCGCCUUGUGGUGUGUUUAUCUAGAUUUAAAAGAAGUCCUGAGAUUUCAGGGCUUCAAUUUGAUCUGUUAAAUGAUAAAAGAUACAGAAG